GCAGACGGAGCAGACGGAGCCGCCGUCUGAUGGCUUGAAGACGCGCGCGCGCUGGAGGGGGGGAUUUCUCGCAGCACACAGGCCGCAGCAGCCGCCGCACUGCAGCGCACCGCCGCGCUCGGAAGCAUCUCCGCCUCGGACUGUUGGAGCCGGAAAGUAGAGCCCGAGCCUCCCGCGACGGCAGCGAGCGAACUUGGCAUCUCUGUCCGGUGGGAGGUCACUGUCUGUCGGCUGCGGCUCGCUGCGCGCACCGCCUCUCUGCUCGGACCUUUAUUCGGAAGGAAUACAGCUGCCGCCAAGUGAUGUUUUUGUGAAUUUCUCAUUUUUCUCUGUUUUUUCCUUCUUUCCCCGCAACCAACUGUGGCUUUAACGUGACGCACCGCGCUGAUAUUAGUGCUGCGUGCUGGAGCGGACCCCCACUGCAGUUAAAAGGCUUGUUCAUCAAGUUUCCACCUUCACGUUUCCACUGUGCUCACACAGUCCUCACCGAUGUGAUAGCUACGAGGACGGAACAGACCGAGCUGGGCCGGGCUAGGCCAGGCGAGGCCUACCUAGCCUUCCGUCUGGCCUUUGCCAGACAAGCCUGAAGCCCCUCCAGGGACUCCCAUGCUCAGUGGGGUGAGAGGGCAAACAGACACUUCUCCUUACUGAAGCUGUGAGAGAUUGGACUCCAGCCAGCAUUAACUGCUUUGAGGAGGCCAUACUGGUCUUUUUCGACUCCACUCCUUCCAUGUUGUGCUUGUCCUUCUUUGGAUGUUGGAAGCAGGAUGGAUUCGAGUGUUGAUUUGACGUCGGUUACCUCUUCGCAGCACUUGUACCCCUCCUCCUCGGACUGCCUUUCAUCCCUUCCCUCCCCAAUUUUAAGGCCCCUUCCUCUCACCUGGGGCUUUUUCAAGCCCUGUACGGAAGGGCCGUGGACGAACUGUAGGUUGCCUUUUUGAAAACAGAAAAAAAAACCCAAACUAACUGCAAAACAGGAGUUGUGUAUUCAUUCACCUGAUUAGUUUUUUGCAAUUUGGUUAAAGUUAGGGGAAAAACAAACACAUUUUACACAUGCACAGUUUCUCUUUUGUGUUUUGAGCCUAUUGGAAGAAUGUCGGAAAACAGUAGUAGCAGCAAAGCAGUGAAAUUCAUUGCCCCUCUCCCUCCGGCUUCCUCUGCCUCCCCCCAUCCGUCACCCCAGACCCCCCACAAGAAUGUGAACGGCUCUGCCAGUUCAGACUCGCAGGUCGUGGAGAAGCUCGGCGGACAACCCGAGGUCCAACGUCGGCGUCACACCAUGGAUAGAGACUCCAAAACAGCCGAACACCGCUUCUUCCGCCGGAGCGUCAUCUGCGACUCAAACGCUACGGCGUUGGACCUGCCCAGCAAAGCUGCUGUGCUCCUCACCUCGCCUCCGGACUGCGACGGCGCCCCGACUUUCUUCUCUCCGCUACUGUCGGGGCGAGACCCCGAAGAGGGCGACUCUGAAGGCGAGGAGGACCGCAGAGGUUCCUACUUGCCACGUUCCAUCUUUCAGCCCGGUCUGGGGCUCGGUGGGGCGGUUGCUGAAGGGAUUGCCCAAAAUGUUGAGAAAGAUCCAAACCUUCCCACAGCUGCUGUUCCAUCAAGUAGCAGGGUUGAACACAGCGUAGAUGGGGCAGUGAAAGAGCCCAGUCCGACAGUAUUGGAUGUGACCGGCGGAGCCGAAUGCAAACAGCCUGACGUCAAAUCGGGACCCGAGAGCGCGCAACAGGUCGUGAAAGUGACAGAACAAGUGAGCGAGGGGUGCGUUAGCAGUCCAAGCGAGGAGAAAGACCGGGAGCAGGAGGAGGAGAGGGGUCUCGCCAAAGCGCGGGCCGAGCAGAGGGAAGCCGAGAAACGAGCGCAGGAGGAUACAGAGGAUCCCGAGACAAAAGCUGUGGGGACUUCACCGGACGGACGCUUCCUGAAAUUCGACAUCGAGAUUGGAAGGGGAUCUUUUAAGACUGUGUACAAGGGUCUGGAUACAGAGACGACGGUGGAGGUGGCUUGGUGUGAGCUCCAGGACCGUAAGCUGUCCAAGUCGGAGCGUCAGCGGUUCAAAGAGGAGGCCGGGAUGUUAAAGGGUCUCCAGCAUCCUAACAUUGUCCGCUUCUAUGACUCCUGGGAGGGACCCUGCAAAGGAAAGAAAUGCAUUGUUCUCGUCACGGAGCUCAUGACAUCUGGCACGCUGAAGACCUACCUGAAGCGCUUCAAGGUGAUGAAGAUCAAGGUGCUUCGCUCGUGGUGCAGACAGAUCCUCAAGGGCCUCCACUUCCUGCACACCAGAGCUCCUCCCAUCAUCCACAGAGACCUGAAAUGUGACAACAUCUUCAUCACGGGGCCCACGGGCUCGGUGAAGAUCGGGGACCUGGGCUUGGCCACGCUGAAGAGGGCCUCCUUCGCCAAGAGUGUCAUCGGUACUCCGGAGUUUAUGGCUCCAGAGAUGUAUGAGGAGAAGUAUGAUGAGUCUGUCGACGUCUACGCCUUCGGGAUGUGCAUGCUGGAGAUGGCGACCUCGGAGUACCCCUACUCCGAGUGUCAGAACGCUGCCCAGAUCUACCGGCGAGUCACCAGCGGAGUGAAGCCCGGCAGCUUUGACAAGGUGGCCAUUCCUGAGGUGAAGGAAAUUAUCGAGGGCUGCAUCAGAACAAACAAGGACGAGAGGUACGCCAUAAAGAUCCUGUUGAACCAUGCGUUCUUCCAGGAGGACACGGGAGUCAGGGUCGAGCUGGCAGAGGAGGACGAUGGAGAGAUGAUCGCCAUCAAGCUGUGGCUCAGGAUAGAAGACGUUAAGAAGCUGAAAGGCAAAUACAAAGACAACGAAGCCAUCGAGUUUUCCUUCGACUUGAGCAAGGAUGUUCCUGAAGAUGUGGCCCAGGAAAUGGUUGAGUCUGGCUACGUGGCUGCGGGUGACCAUAAAACCAUGGCCAAGGCCAUCAAGGACCGCGUGUCUAUGAUCCGGAAUAAGAGAGAACAGAGGCAGCUGGUACGAGAGGAGCAGGAGAAGAGGAAACAAGAGGCAGAACAACAACUGAAGCAGCAGCAACAGCAACAACAUCAGCAGCAACAACAAGAGACGCUAAAGACUACACACUCACAGGCUGAGGUGGAGGAAGCUGAAGUGGAGCAUCAGCAGCAGCUUCACUAUCAGCAGACCGGCAUCUCACACACAUCUGAAGGAGGCGUGGACAGCGGCCAGGGCUCCUCGGUUUUCUCCUCCGACUCGCCCCACCUGGGUCAGCUGAACAUGUCCUACAACUGCCCCCCUUCCUCCCAGCCCCCGUCCCAGCCCCAGACCCCCUACCCCUCCACCCCCUCCGCUGCCCCGCAGCAGCACCCCGGCUACGCCCAGCCGCAGCAGCCAGCGCCGGUGUCGCUGCCCCGUCGAAGUCGUAGCAUGUCUGUCUGCGUCCCUCCUUCCUCCUACUCCUUCUCUCGCGUCCCUCCAGUAAAGACCACCCCACCUCCCCCAGACCUGUCCUCUCCGUCCCCCUACACCGCCGCCGCCGCCGCCGCCGCCCCCUCUCCUUACAAACCUCUCGCAGCCGAGAGGGACACGUUCGCAGGGCGUCUCUCCAAGGCGCUGGAGACCGUCCUGCCCCUCCACUCUGCCUCCUCCCUGCCCCGGACCAGGCAGCGGAGGGCCAGCCUGCCUGCCCUGUUCUCCUCCCCUCAGCAUUCAGUGCAUCAUCCCUACAGUGGAGGAGGAGGAGCAGGAGGGAGUAUUCCCCUCCAGACUCUCCCAGAUCCCCCAACUAUUUUCUUCCCGUCCAUCCCCGAGCGCCCCAUUUCCUUCUCGCCUCCUCCCACCGGGCCUCCGAAGGCCUACAACACCCAGCGGCGUAAGAGCACCUCGAUUCUGGAGGCGCAUACCCGACACUUCCAGCCGGCCUACCCCCGCUACGGGAGCAGCCUGCACCCCUUUUCCGGGAUGGAGGGCGUGGAGGCCCCCUCGCUUUUCAUGGUCAACCCCAGUUUUGCGGCCGCUGCUCAGAGACUGGGUGUCGGGGAGCCGCUGCACCUGCCGGGACAGUCUGACCCAAGUUUGUACGGCUACAAAGACAUGAGGGCGGAGCACGAGGAGGCGGUGAGGAGACUGAGUCUGAAUCAAGCUGCCUUAUUGGACCAUUUUGAAGCCAUGGCGUACGGAGGGUACCCCAUGACUGCACACCAGCUCAGCCACUUGAGUUUCCAUCAGCAGAGGCAGGCAGCGGCGGCGGCCGCCAGUUUGGGCUUUGACCCUGGCCCUCCGUCUCAACCGGGCUUUCUGCACCAGCACCUGAUGCAGCGAAUGAGCGCACACAGCCCGAUCCCUCCACCCAUACCUCCCAUGAGUGUUCCCGCCGGUGGCGCUGUUCCUCCGUCUGAGGCGUGUUACGCUUCCCCGUCCUCCUUCCCCGUUUCUGCGCCUCCCGUGAUGGCCGACGCUCCUCCACCCACCGGCAGCGUCUUUGAGUUUCAUUUAGCCGCGGCCGCUGCGGCCGCCGCUGGAGACCCGAACCUGCUGGCUUCCAGACUCUUCCGGGCCCGGAGGAGCUCCAUGGACCUCCCUCUGGAGGACAACAGCGGAACCGGAUCGGGUGGAUCGGGCUCCUACAGCCGGCUGCAGCCCGUGACGGAGGAGCUGUACUCGUACAUCAGUCCGGAGCUCCCGCUGCCACCCGGGAGUCUCCUGCUUCACCACGUCGGUGUAGCCGCAAAGGACAGGAGCCCCGAGCCCUCCAGUGACUCCCUGGCUUCCUCUGACGCCGGAGAGUUCCAGUCGCCUCCUCCCCCUCCUCUCGCCCCUUCGUUCGACUCCUCGGCGGCUCAGUCCAUCCCUCGCUCGUCCUCCACCUCGCUGUACGACUCGCCGGGCGGAGCGCUUCAGAUCGAUCCCCAGGGACAUCCCCCCUCUGGGCAGAACUUUCUCCCCACCACCCCGGCUUCUGAGCUGGCAUCAACGCAGCUGGAGUCGUUGAUGCAGAACGCCUGGGCCCGGCACGGAGGGGUGGUGCCAGCCCAGCCUGACAUGACAUACCAUGAGUCAUUGCUGGCCAUGCAGGCUGUUAACUCCACUCUGCAGGCCCAAGCUGCGUCCCCUCAGCCAACUCCAGGAGCCCCUCUGGCCCCCGCCUCCACCCAUCCUGCUCCUCCCGGGACCCCCCAACAGGUUGUGUCGUCUAGUAGUGCAUCAGUCCAGAGUCCGACGCACGCCGCCCUGCCACAGACGCCUGCACAGCCGAGCGUAACUCCGCCUACCUCUACCGUUCCCCUGGCGACCCUCCCGUCUAUCCCCGUUACUGUGCCGACAGCGGUCGUGGUUUCCCCUCCCUCUCCUCUGCCAGUCCCCGUUGGGGUGGUGCCUACUAUUGUUUCCCCUCCUGCUACUCCUCCUCCUCUUCUUCCUCCUCCUCCUCCUCCUCCUGUGCCCUCACCUGUGCCUCAGCCCUUGGCCACCGUGGUGCCAAUCAUCAGUGUAGUCACCGCCCCGCCUGAUACCCCCAUGGAAAUCCUGCCCCAGUCUGCGUCGCAGUCGUCGGAGCUGUCACAGUCCCAGCUGCAGCCGCCUCAGGUGCUCUCAAAUAUCGAGAGCCACUCUGAGAUGUCUGGUCUGAGUGACGGAAACGAGGGAGGAGGCCGUCACGAAGGCCGGUCCACCAAGAGGCAUCAGAGGCGAUCUGUGAGGAGUCGAUCUCGCCACGAGAAGAUUACCAAGGCCAAACUCAACGUCCUCAACAUCUCUAACAUCGGUGACAGGGUGGCCGAAUGCCAGCUGGAGACCCACAACAGGAAGAUGGUGACUUUUCGGUUUGACCUGGACGGAGACAACCCUGAGGAGAUAGCCCAGAUUAUGGUCCAGAGUGAGUUCAUCCUGGAGAGCGAGAGGGAGUCCUUCAUCGAGCAGGUCAGAGAGGUGAUCCAGAAAGCAGACGAGAAGGGGCUGGAGAGAGACGCGAACAGUCAGAUGGCAGGAGACGCAGAGCAGCCGAUUCCUGUGAUAUCUGUUCCCAUGCCAGACAUCGCUCCCAGUGCAACCGCCCAGGUGGUUCAUUCAGCGGGUCGGAGGUUUAUUGUCAGCCCCGUACCCGAAGCCAGGCUGAAGGAACAAAUGCCCCCCUCCUGUUCCUCUCCUGGCCCGCCACCUGCUGCCGAAACAACUCUUUCGGCUCCAUCCCAGACGGCAGGCCAGGGUGUGGCGUUGUCCCAGUCGGCCGGAGCCGUCAGCUUACAGCAGGCCUUCUCCGAGCUCAGACAGAACCAGAACCAGUUCGAUACGGGGCCCAGCACCGCGCCCGCCUCCAUCCACGCCUCCCACCCUCUGCAUCCGCCGGCUGGCCCCGCCCCCUCUCAGAGCAGCACCGUCGCUCCCGCUGUGGAUCCUCUGCCUCCUAAUUUAAACCCGGCGCAGGAGCAAGUUAUGGAGGCGUCCCUCCCCCCGUCCUCCUCAUCCUCGCCUCCCCCCGCGGUGAUGAAUCAGACACAGGUCCAUGGUCAAGCACACAUUCAGCCUCAGUCCCAGACGGCUUUUGCUGUCAGUGCGUCGCUCCCUUCUCCUUCGCCCUCGCCCGCCGUCUCCACGACACUGCCCACUUCUCCUCCAACCUCCUCCACCCUGAUAACCAGCGACGCCUCCUCCGAUCAGCCGACACUUUCCCCCCACUCCUCGUCUGCUCUCUCCCUCUCCUCCUCCGCCGUCCCCACCACCGCUGCCCCGGGUCCCCAGCUCGCUCCCUCUGCUGCCUCCCACCCGGCUCCGGCUCCCUCGUCCUCCGCCGGACUCCAGCCGGUGACCACGAACGUGCCGUCGGUCCAGCCCACCUUGGUCCACUCUCAGCCACAGACGGCGGCCCUGCCCGGCCAGACGCACACACAGUGCGGGGACUGUGACACGAGGUGUGAGGCGUCCUCGGAGUCGCAGGGGAAACCAGAUGACAUCCAAGCUCUGGACAAGAAGCUGCGGUCUCUCUUCAUGGACCUGGGCGGAGGAGGGGCGUCCAGCCAGGGCGAGGCCCCCGCCGCCGACCCCGCCUCUGGAGCCUCUGGGGCGGGUACCUCGUCCCCAGUCGGCAUCGUCUCUACCUCCGUCACGUCGGUCACAGCGCCGGCCUCCGGGCAGACGGCCAAUCCUCCUCAGCCGCCCUCCAGCCUGGCGCUGGGGUCGCUGGGGUCACCGGUACCAAUCCAGGGUCCCGGGACGCCGAUCACCACCCCAGCUCAGACUGUCAUCUCUGCUUCAUUAGGCCAGACCACUCCAUCCAAAACCCCCUUAUCCAGGGUACCGGCCAGUUCUCCUCCUUCAGAACUCCUGCCAUCCUUCCCUGGACCUUGUCUAAUACAGUCCCAGCAGCCUCUGGAGGACUUGGAUGCACAGCUGAGGAGAGCUCUGAGCCCGGAGACCGUUCCCGCCAGCUCACACACACAGGCCUCUCACGGCGGCGUGCCUUCACUGGGACAAGCAGUUCCCUUCUCCCUGGAGGAAGGAAGCGCGUCCGCUCCUCAUUCUCCUGCCGGCGGAAUCAAAUUGGGAAGAUUUCAGGUCUCGCGUGCUGCUGACCAGCCUCCUGUCCUUCGCCCCGCCAGGACCGAGUCCUCCUCCACCUCCUCCACCUCGUCUUCCUCCUCGUCAUCUUCCAGCCUCUCCAGCCCCGAGAACACGUUGCACAAAGACUCCUCGUCGCCUCUGAAAGGGGCGGGGGGGCAAAGAGGAGACGUCGUCGACGGACCGCCUCAGCGAACUCCGGCGGGCUCCCCCCGCCCCUCCCCCCUCGCCUCCCCGUGCUCCUACAUGAAACCCACCACCACCAUCGGACGCUUCCAGGUCACCACUAACCCGGAGGCUCGUGUCGGGCGGUUCUCGGUCAGCCGGGCCCAGGAGCAGACCCCCGAGGCCGGCAGACAGAGCCCGCUGCCCGCUGCCCACUCUGCCAACGGACCCAGUGAUCCGGGCCGACUCUCCACCCCCGACUCCCCCCAGAAAGCCUCCCUGCCGAGUCUGAACAACAACUCCUUCAAUAACUCCUACAUCAGCAGCGACAACGACUCCGAGUUCGAGGAUGAGGACUUCAAACGGGAAGUCAACCGCCUCAGAGAAAAGCACAUGCGUGAGAUCCAAGCCCUCCACUCGCGCCAGAAGGAGGAAAUAGACCGACUGUUCACCAGGCUGGGAAAGGUCCCUCCAGCUGCGGUGAUCCCUCCUGUUGUCGCCUUGACGGCCAGGAGGAGACGACCGACGAAAAGCAAGUCAUCCAAAUCGUCCAGAGCCAGCUCCACGCACGGCAGCAAGAGCCCGCUUCAGCCAGGCAGCACUUUAUCCGCCCAGAGCGUUCCCACCAUGUUCCCGGGCCAGCUGGCUCUGCUGACCCCGGCGGGGCUGGCCGACUCGGCCGGCGGCGGCGGCGGCGCUCUCCUCCAGCCACUCAAGCCCUCUCCCUCCAGCGACAACCUGUGCUCAGCCUACACCAGCGAGGCGGCGCUCUCCGUGCCCAGCCUGUGCGCUCCCACCCCAGGCUGUGUAAAGUUCAGCUGGGGUUCGGAGCGUUUGGCCUUCAAGCCUGGCGGCAGGAGGACGCGCUUUCUGAGUACGCCCUGCUUGGCUCUUUGGAAGAUGGUGAAAAAAGUCUGCCCCUGCAACCAGCUCUGUAGGACGAACAGCACCAACGCCGUCAGCGGAUCGGGCGCCCUGGGUCAGAGUCAGGGGGGCUCCCAGUGUCUGCCGCCCAACGUCUCCGCCCCCCACCAGAGGAAGGGAACCUUCACCGACGACCUCCACAAGCUGGUGGACAACUGGGCCAGAGACGCCAUGAACCUCUCGCAGGGUAAACGGAGCGCCAAGCAGCUGCAGCAGGCUCCAGCACAGGGACACAGCUAUGAGGUCAUCCAGUCGGCCAGCCUGGGCAGGAAGUUCUCGGCCCCCAGUCAGCUCUGCCCCAGCAGCGUCGGCGGCUCCACCCACCUCCCCGCCAACCCCACCACUGCUACCUCUCUGGCCGCCCGCAAGGGGUCUCUGUGCCAGCCCCCCGCCUCCUCCACUCCGCCGCUCCCCCAGCCCGCCCAGUUCAUCCACUACACCCCCUCCGCUGCCUACAGCGCGCAGUGGUCCGGUCCGGCCCACAGCGCCGCCGCCGCCACGCACCAGACCCCGGCGCAGCCUCUCCUGGUCAGCACCUCCCAGCCGCUGGGCCCCUACCCCCCCGCGCAGGGCCAGCUGCCCGGCCAGGGCCCGCUCCAGGCCUUCCACCUGGCCAACCCCCUGCAGAAGUCGGUCAGCAACCCCGGGGGGCCCAACCUGAGGACCACGUAGGGGCGGGAGGGCCGAGGGCUGCUUCAAAUCACGGCCUGACUAGUGGACCGGGGGCAGAAAGUCUGAGAUGUUCUGAAGUGAUCUGUUCAGGAAGAAAUGCGAUUCGGCCAUCUCCGCUCAUCUCUGCUUCAUCCACGCCGCCACGCGGCCGCCGUUCCCGCCGCGGGCCGACGGCCACGAGCCAAACGAUCAAGGGUCAGAAGAAAAGACUCAGGAGUGCAACAUUAAAAAAAAGGCCAAAGAGGUUCUCACAGGGUUCCAGACUGAUGUCUUUAACGGAUUGCGUGUGUGGUGUUGUGUUCAGGCUCUCGCGGCUCGGCCACGCUCGCCCUGAGGGCGGCGUGCGUCUCGACGCCGGUGGGAAGAAAUUCCAUCAGGAGGAGGAGGCGGGCGACGGCGGCCGGCUUUAGAAAGGUCUAACUCCCACCCUCCUGUCCAUGCAGAUCCUCUUAACAACUGUUUUAUUGGUCAAGAUUGUGACUUGAAAAGCAGUUUGUUGCAUUUAAUAUCGAUUUGGAUCGAUUAUUAUGAGACAGCAGCUUCCUCUUUGCUCGAAAUUCCAACACUGCAGACCUUAAAAUAACAGUUUUCCAACUAAAUUUAAAGAGGAAACGGGUGAACAGAGGGCGGCGAUGAGAAGUAGAAAGUUUCUCCGCAGUUAUUAGAAACCUUUCUUAACUAUUAAAAGCACAAUUGAUGUUGAGAAGAAGUGAAACGGAUGUUGGUAUUAAGAAACAUCUUCUCCCUGUUGCUUCACGCCAGCGGGCUCCGGACGCCUCCUCGCGGUCGUGACGCCGCCUCCUCGUCCGGCCCUCGCUCUUCUUCACCUCUCUGUUUGCCAUUCGAAGCAAUAACAGCAGAAACCUUUCAGAUUGGGGGGGGGGGGGCUCAACAUGAGAGAACUCAGCAUGAAAAAGUGGCCUUGUAUUCAGAAUAAUAUCAAAGUCCUUGUACAGUUUGUGUCCAUUUUUUUUUUCUUUCUAGAAUGUCAGCUAUGAUGAUUCCAUUUAGUUGUUUUUUUGGUUUUCUUGGGUUUGUUUUUUUUUUUUUUGCUUGCU